AUCGGACCGGCCGCCGGUUGGAGGCCCGUUGGCUAGUGCGACACUUCGUGCGCCCUCCCAUAACAGUUAACUAACAGAAGGCAUUCUCUCGACUACCUCAUCAAGCUACUUGUUCAACCAACAGUUAUUCGCAUUCCAUCCAGCUGCUGCCCCCUAUUAUCAACAUCGCAAAAGCUGCCCGCUGAAAGCUCGAGGCUUCACCACGCCGUCCUUAUGGAUGCGAGGGUUGAGUUUGUUGAAGCGUAAGCUUACCACGCUCACCAUCGCAUCGCUUGCCGGCUCGACUUCCUACCGCCAUUCACAAGUGAGAACGAAACCACUUGCAACACCCGCGACGUAUCAAGAUCAAGCUCUGCCAAGGAAAUUUCGCCACACUUUGCUUGCGUCAAAACUCAAAAGGCGCCACGAUGGUCACAUGAUCUAAGCGCCGGUCCCGUGGAUCCCAUGGGCAAAAGGAUUGCCGGGCCCCUUUGCAAGAAUUGCCUUUCUAUCAUCUUUUGCGAUGCAGUCAGGGGUUCGUUCUUCUCACUCAUGGCGUCGUCUUCCGUCACAUAGCCACCCAACAUGGACGCGCAGACUCAUCAGCAUCCGACAUCUGCAGCCCGAAAGUAUCGCCGGCGCACCGUCGCCGUCAGCCUCGUUUUAGCGCUGGUGUUACUUUGGUGCCAACUGCGCGGCUAUCCCAGUCCAUUUACCGCCCCUGCCAGCUGCCAGCAUCAUGCAGCAAACCCCGGAUGCCAAUGGAAUCACAAGCGAGAUGCCAACACUCUUGUGCUCGGCGCUGAGCGAUGUCAGUCGGCUUUUCCAGGCCUCUUCGCGGAGAUUGAUCGCGCGAAACAAGAGCGGGCGCAGCGCCCUAUAAGCCUCGCAGAAAUCGAUUCCGUCGUGCCCAAAAACGGAUACAUCCGUGCGAUGAUUUAUGACCAACAACUCUAUGUUAUCGCUGUAAAUGGAACUAUAUACUCCCGGGAAAUUGCGACGCUGCACGCUCUACACCGAGCAAUCGUCUCCUCUCCCGACCCGCUCCCAAAUAUAGAAUUCGUUUUCAACACCGACGAUAAAGUUGAUCCAGUUGCGCAGUGGGGUUACGCCCGGCGCGAACAAGAUACAAACCUUUGGCUUAUGCCUGAUUUCGGAUACUGGUCCUGGCCCGAGACAAAAGUUGGAACAAUGCAAGAAGUUCAAAUGGGGGCCGAGCGGGAAGAACACACCUGGGCCUGGCCGAAGAAAAUCCCGCAGCUAUUCUGGAGAGGAGCCACCAUGGACCUGGAGGUCCGUGAGAGGCUUAUUCAAGUCACCAGGGACCAGCCAUGGGCGGACGUCAAGCCAAUAACAUGGCGUGAUAACGACAGUAUGCAGAACGAUUUGAGAUCAAUGCCUGAACACUGCCGGUUUAAGUAUCUUGCUCAGACCGAAGGAAACAGCUACUCCGGGCGCUUAAAGUAUCUCCAGAGCUGCAACUCGGUCGUCAUUUCUCACAGUCUCGAGUGGAUCCAGCACCAGUCUCCUCUCAUGAAGAGCUCGGGCCCAGACCAGAACUAUGUAGAGGUGCGGAGGGACUGGUCAGACCUACCUGAGAAGAUCGAGUGGCUUGAAGGGCACGAGCAGGACGCAAAGCGGAUUGCACGAAAUAAUAUCAAGACAUUCCGAGAACAGUAUCUUACACCCGCUGCGGAAGUUUGCUACUGGAGGCAGCUUAUACGCUCUUGGGCAGAGGUGAGCUUUGAACCGGAAUUUUUCAAGGAAGCUGAUGGUAAAAAGGCCUGGCGAGGAGUGCCCGUUGAAUCUUUCCUAUUAAUGCAACGACUGGAAUGGGAUCCUUAUUGACUGGAUGUGCUAUGAGUGUAUUAUAGAACCGCUUAGACCUUACUUUUUUUUUCUUGUUUCCCUCUGAUGGAUUGGACAUGGACAUUGGUAUAUAUGGCAUUGGGAUAUAUCAGUUAAUUUAUAACGCUAUUUAAUAUAUGGUGGUAGAUAUGACUCAACUUGGAUAGAUUGUGAAUCUUAAGGGAAGAAAAUGUCACUGCAACGAACAAUUAGCCAAAGGUAAUGGCAAAUACGUUUAAAGGCGUUACCAGCCCCAAUGUUUCUUACAGUUAAGACGAUGUCCCUGGGAAGCUUGCAGAUUCGGUGGAAGCUGGAUACAUGCUAUUUCGGAUGAAGUAUUCUUCACCUUUGCGCGUAAAGAUGGGCAACCUCUGGAGCGGCUACGUUGAAGAUGUUCAAAGUAGCUCUGGUUUCCAUCAGGCCAAUAAUGCGGCGAAUGGACAGGAACCAUUAUCUGGAGGUUCGGCGAUUGGGGGGUGGCUAGGAUAGGACUGGGGAACGAAGUAUCUCAGCCCCUGUUCGCCGUAGGGCCUAUAGCAACACCCUCUAUGGAGCAGCUCUUGCUGUUGAUCUGGGCUUGGCUGCAGGAGCCUCAGCUCG